UAAUAGAUCUUACAUGUAUCAUGUAUCAUAUUGUUAGGACCUUAAAUUACUUUUAUAACUUUAAACGUUAUUAUAAAGUAUAAAAACAAGUGUGACACUUUACAGGAGAUAAAAAAGGGAUUUAAUAUAUUAAACAGCACUAGUAAUGAUACAUAAUAUUUGCAUAUCGUCAUGUCAUACAGAUAAGAGAGUUUGGAACUGACUUAAUAGUUUAUGAGAAUCUUGAGCACAAUACAGCAUGAAUAGAAGAAGGGAAAGCACGCCAGAAACACAAAUCCAUAUUAAUCCAAAUCGGCCAAAGACACCAGUGUCACGACCACAGAACCUAAAUAAAGGGCAGAGGAGUGUUUCACCAAGUGUACAGGAUGGCAUUGUGUACGAGACCCAUACAGAUGGUAACCAGUCGGAAACGAUGAUAUUCAGUCGAGAGAAUACGCCACAACCGAUAAGCUACGGGACCAUGCCUACUACAGUAACACCUGUUAGCGAAAUAUCUCCGCUCCUUAACGAAAGCUGCCAUACACCACUAACAGACUCACAAAGCGAAGAAGAUGAAAAUGCGCCAUUUUUCAGCAAGGAAAAUUUGGUAAAAAAUAAAUGGACACUACUGAAACAGUUGAAAGUUUUCAUCCUAACUGUUGGAGCUUUGGUUUGCAUUGUGUUCAUUAUGAUCAACGCAGAGCAUGAGGAACAUGUGAACCAGACGUCAGUACGUCAAGACAGCCCCAGUACGAUAAGCCUUCAUGAUGUGCCAGGUGGUAUAAAAGGAGAAAAAGUUGUGCUGACAUUGCAGGGACCAUUUGAAGAAAUAACUAACACAAGUUCAAGUAAUCUUCUGGAAGUCCGUAUUGGAAAUUCUUCAGUCGUGAAUCUAAAUGUAAUUAUGGAUGACUUGCGGACACAUUCUAUAAAUACUGUCCUCAAAGAUCUGGAUCUUUCUGCAUUUGGAAAUGUCCAUUCAUUAGACAUAACUUUGAAGUAUACUCCCAGUGAUUCUGUUGUUGGCACUGCGUUGGCAGACUUGUGUGUUCCGAUGGAAUAUAGCUACACGUUUACAGCAGAUACAAAACGUGAAGAAGUCUGUGCUCUCAUUGUGCUCAUACUGGUGUACGGACUGAUUAUAUUUGAUCUUGUACACAGAACCGUUGCUGCAAUACUUGGAUCACUGGCUACUGUUGCUGUCAUGUCAGCUUUUGGUUUGCGUCCAAGCUUGGAGAAGAUAAUGACCUGGCUAGAUGUAGAGACCCUGUCCUUGCUGUUUGGAAUGAUGAUUAUUGUUGCUAUCUUCUCUGAAACUGGAUUCUUUGAUUAUUGUGCUCUAAUGGCAUACAAGCUAGCAAAAGGUCAGGUAUGGCCACUGAUCACAUUGCUUUGUGCAUUCAGUGCAGUGGUGUCAGCAUUCCUUGAUAAUGUUACAACAAUAUUGUUGCUUACUCCUGUCACCAUCAGGUUGUGUGAAGUGCUCAAUUUGGACCCAAAAAAGAUUCUGAUUGCGGAAGUGUUAUUUUCCAACAUUGGAGGAACAGCAACAGGCAUCGGAGACCCACCAAAUGUGAUCAUUAUCUCACAUAAGGAUGUAAAGGCUAAUGACAUUGGUUUCUCAAACUUCACAGGUCACAUGAUUGUGGGUAUAAUAUUUGUGUCUCUGGCGGGCUAUGGGCUGCUUAGGUUGUUCUACAGGAAUAUGGAAGAUCUAGAGAACAAAGAUCCUGUAGAGAUUACAGAGCUAAGACACGAGAUUGACAUGUGGAGAAGGGCAGCAAAACGUAUUGUUGCAAUAUCUAGGGAGGAGAAGAUAAUGCAGGCUAUAUUUCUACAGAGAGUUGCAGAACUUGAGAAUAAACUUGUUAAACAGAUUUAUAAAAUGAAGAGAAGAAAACAGAAAAAUUUUAAAGAAAUGUUGAGUGAACUUGAAAAGAAGCAUAAAAUCACAGACAAAGCUUUAUUAGUGAAGAGUGGGAUAGUACUAGCAGCUGUCAUAUUGUUGUUCUUCCUUCAUUCUUUCAUUACUGGAAUGCACCUAGGAUUAGGUUGGAUAGCUAUUAUGGGGGCAAUAUUGUUGAUGGUUCUAGCGGACAUGCAGGACUUGGAGACUAUCAUACAUAUGGUGGAAUGGUCCACACUCAUCUUCUUUGCUGCUCUUUUCUCUCUUAUGGAGGGGUUGAAAGAACUGGGUCUGAUAAGCUGGAUCGGUGGAGGAGUGAAGAGUAUUUUGACAGAUGUAAACCAGGACCAACAAGUUCUUGUUGCAAUCAUACUGAUACUGUGGGUGUCUGCAAUAGCUUCUAGUUUCAUAGAUAACAUACCAUUCACAACAGCUAUGAUACCUAUAUUGAUCACAGUGCAUGAAGACGUAGGGAUUCCACUAUUGCCAAUGAUUUUAGCGCUUGCAUUUGGGGCCUGUCUUGGAGGGAAUGGAACACUGAUCGGGGCCUCAGCAAAUGUGGUUUCAGCUGGUAUAGCAGAACAGCAUGGUUACGGAUUUUCAUUUCUCGACUUCUUCAGAGUGGGGUUUCCAAUGAUGUUAGUAACAACCUUGGUUUCUAUGGUAUACUUGCUGAUAUGUCAUGCAUGGGGUUCAUGGGGCAAUGGAACAGGUCCUGCACAUAGCUGAUAAAGUUGUGAAAAUUGGAGAAAGGAAAUUUUGUCAAAGCUGUCAUAGUUCCUGGAAAAUAAAACAUUUGGACGAUUUAUCAUCUACAUAGAUUUCGUAUUUGCAUAUGUGUAAUGUCAUAUGUGAUUUGGCAUGAGAGUAAUCUUGGAGAAAUAGUUAUAUACAGCUUUUUAAUUGCAUAAACAACAACCCCAAACAAUGAUGCAUAGUUGUUUAUUAUCAAGAUCAGUAACUUGCAGGUUAUUUGUGAAAAGGGUUAUCAGAUCCAAACAUUUGCAGAAGAUGGCAUUUUUAUUCCUUGUAAUUUGAUGUCUUGUGUAUUUGUGUCACAUUGUUAAACAUCACUGUUGAAUUGUAUGCUAACAUGUUAGUGUGUCUGGAUAUUCCUACAAGUCAGUAUGAGUUUUUGGCUCUGUCCUCGAGUCAGUAUUACUUUUAGUAGGGUAUAACAAGCUAUGAGAACGAUACCUUCAGAAUAGACGUUAUUAUUGUGUAGAUGGUAAUUAUCUUUUUUUUUUAAGGUCAGUUAUAUACCUUAAAGUUUCAUCUGUAUGUAGAAAUUUCAUUACCCCUUUAUCAUGAGCAGACUUGAUAUUUGAAUCAUAUUCACUUUCUACUAUUUUUGUAAUUCAUUUUUGGGCAACAGGACCCCAUCGGAAAUAUUAAGUCUACUUUGAUUUAUGGGCUAUCAUUGAUCUUUACACUUGUUUUCAUUUAGUCUUCAUUAUUCUCUGUUACAAACAUUUUAUGUAAAUGUAUUAACCCUUACCCUGCUAAAUUUCUACAAUGAACUUGUCCAUCUUUCAAUUUGGACAGUACCAUUAACUGAAAACAGGGGUGCUUACCAAAAAAGAUGCUGACUGAAUGGCGAACAGUGCAGAUCAUGAUCAGACUGCACGGAUGUGCAGGCUGAUCUUGGUCUGCACUGGUCACAAAGGCAGAAUCACUUGCCACCAGCAGGCUAAAGGUUAAAGCUGUGUUCCAUUAUCUGUGAUAAGUUUCAACUUUGUGAUAAGAGCUGAUUUGUGAUACUUCAACAAAUUAUCAAGAAGGAAAAAAGCCAUAUUUUGGGGCCGCAGAAUCAGAUUGCAUAUAUAUCAUUCUAACAUGGCUCUGUUUAAUUGCCAAUUAAACAAAGAAGAAAUUCUGUAUAUUCUGCGAUAAACAACGGUUGAGACGUGGACCAGUAAGAGAGCUGCAUGAUGUCCGGUUCAUUACUACUCGAAUAAAUGAAGCCUAGCAUAAGUUUCACGAAAAUACUUUAUUGAACAUGUAAGAAUGAAAACAAUCAAGGUUUUCUUGUGGCUUACCGUCUAAUUUACCGCGGUUCAGAGUUCAGAUGCUUCAGUAUUUAACCACUUGGGCUAACGACCCCGUGGUUCAGUUCCUGCGCAUCUGAACUCUGAACCACGAUAAAUUAGAUGACAAACCACUCGAAGGUCUUGAUUAUUUGUUAAGUAUCCAGGGGUUCUGGUUUAAAGCGGUUUCACUGUACAAUGAUUGAACAGUACCACAAUAUGUGCAAUAUUUGUUGUUGUUUUUAUCAGUCACAUGAUUUUUCUUGCGCUCUAUUAUAAAUGGAUGUUAUGCAACAAAAUAAUGUUAUACCAUGACUGUAAUUCAGAAAAUUUCUAUUUAAUGAUUGAUGUGCAGUAAAUACAUGGUGCAAUUCUUUGUUUACUCUUAUAUUUAAUUGUUAAGUUUGUCUUUAAAUUUUAUUAAUAUAUUUCUAAUAUUUGAAAUAAAAAUAAUAAAGAUUGACACAAAACAGA